AUGUCUUUGUCCCGUGGAGUAAUGGCAGAAAGUGGGUUGGAGGUUGGGCAGACUAGUCAAGAACCCAUUCUUUAUAAGAGCUUGACACUUAAAGAAAAACCAGCUUCAAAGCUUCGUAUCCUCAAAAGAAUCCGAAAGCGGUUAUCAUCAUCUUUCGGGAAAUUAAGUCCUAAAGAUGGAAUUUCGAGCCUCGAACAAACAGGAACUCUUGGAGCUCCACCUAGAAGUUUCUCUUCAAUGAAUGUAUACGCAUUGUCAACCUCCUCGAUUUUAGACCCGUCAACAAAUUUGGGAUCAGGUGAAGAGUUUGCUGAUGUUCCUCUUUAUUCUUUUGGUCCUAAUGUUGAAUUUACGGUGGAUGACUUCCGUUCAGUUUUAAAAGAUAGUAGAGGUGUUCGUGUGGAUGAAGUAAAUAAUCUAGUUAGUGGUAGUGUCAGUGGACAAGGUUGUCCUGGUCCUAGUGCUAGACGGCUCAUGCACAUGCAACAUCAAAAUGUUCCUGCAAACCAUUCUGUUAGACAGAAACAAAUUUUUUGUUCUGGCACAAUGUUUAGUCCUGCAAAUCAAGCAUCUCCAACAACUAAUACGGAUACAGUCUUAACGUCAUAUGAUCAUUCAUCAACUCCGAGAAAUCAGAUUCACACUACAAGAGCAAAUACCGACUCAGCACCUUUGUCUUGGGUAAACACAACAAAUUCGCCAAAUACUGUCACUUGUGAUUCAUCUCUAGGUCCCUCCCUAGCUCGUAGCUUCAAGGAUAUUUUAUUGGGACGAAUACAUCCAAAUCAAGGAGCUGGUACAUCUAGAUCAGCUAGUUACCGUCGUAUUGCUCGUGCACGUUGGCAUCAUUCCGCUGGUAGUGUUCUUGCUUCAAGUUCCGUUAUAAGAGGAUCUGGCAGUGAAGAAUAUUUAACUUCAAACAUUAAUCGAGAUACACUUUCUCAUCAACAUUCAGAGGAUUUAACUGGUGGAAUGAGUAAAUCUUCUCCACCAUCUAAUAAACAUAAUCCAGCAUCUAAAUUCAGCAGAUUUCGAGUGUCCAAAAGAAGAUCUAGAUUCUCCUAUACACCUCCCGCACAUAUUUCAUCUGAACCUGAAACAGAUGUAAACUCAGAAAAUCCUUCUAGUAAUAGUGGGAAACGUUUCAGCCGUCCAGUACAUCCUGCUCAUAGUCAUUGUGUUUCAUCAAGUCAAUUAAAAAGGGAUUUUCAUGAUGAGUCUCCUUUAAGUUCUAUGUGUGUAGCACAUGAUUCUGACAACCGGUCGCAUUCAAGACCCAGACCAAGAUCAGUUUCUUCUUCUACAUCCAAAUUAGCAGGAAUUUGGAAUUCCAUUCUAUCAGCUACAGCUAUCGGGAAUAGUAUAGUAGUUAAACCUCAUCUAUUACAUCAUCCAUCCACCACAACAACACCAACUACCGUGAAACAAGUGAAAGGACAUCGUAAUAUUUUACGUAAUACCCGUCAUACUGGUAGUGGGGAAACACAAACUGCUUUAACUAAAUCACGUUCACGUAAAACAAAACAUUCCAAAUCCAAUACUGAUGUAAAUAAAAUGAAAAUAUCUCCAGGUUCUUUUCUUAAUCGGCCUCAUUCUGAAGAAUUACGUUUGGCUGGUUUACUCAAUAUACAUGAUUCAAAUGUGAUAUGUUCACCUUCACAACAAGAUAUAACGCAUGUUACAUCCACUAUCAAUGGUGUUUUUCGACAUGGUUCUCCGGUUGCAUCUAAUAAUAAGUCAGUACAUUCACAGCAAUAUAUUAAUGGGAAGUAUGUUACAUCACAACGAACUAGUGAAAAUUACAUAUUUCCGUCAACAAAUAGUACCCCGCAAUCUCAUUCACAAUCACCGAAUAGAAUACUUCAUAAUCGUUCGUCUUCAUCACGUAGUUUUGGUUGUGUUGAUUCUUAUCAAAAGUUAGAUGUUCUAGGAGAAGGUUCUUAUGCAACUGUAUAUAGAGGAUAUUCACACGUAAUGCGUCGUGCUGUUGCUGUCAAAGAAAUACGUAUAAAUCCAGAAGAAGGCUUACCGUUCACUGCUAUUCGAGAAGCGUCCUUAUUGAAAGCUUUACGACAUGCCAAUAUAGUGAUUUUACACGAUAUUGUACAUACAAAGAAAACAUUGAAUUUUAUAUUUGAAUUUGUGCAAUCUGAUUUGAGUAAAUAUAUUGAAAAUCAUCCACGUGGUAUUAAACUGCACAAUGUUCGACUUUUUCUUUAUCAACUUUUACGUGGUUUAGCUUAUUGUCAUGAUCGACAUAUAUUGCAUAGAGAUUUAAAACCACAAAAUUUACUUAUAUCAAUACAAGGCGAAUUGAAACUUGCCGAUUUUGGUUUGGCCAGAGCAAAAUCUGUACCUAGUCGGACUUAUAGUCAUGAAGUUGUUACAUUAUGGUAUCGUCCACCGGAUGUUUUACUUGGUUCAACAUCUUACACUGCUUCAUUAGAUAUUUGGGGUGUUGGUUGUAUUUUCACGGAAAUGAUAUCAGGAGUGGCAACAUUUCCCGGUUCAAAAGAUUCAGUGGAUCAACUUGAUAAAAUUUUUCGGAUUAUGGGUACACCAAAUGAAGAAACUUGGCCCGGUGUAUCUAAAUUACCCAAAUAUAAAGCAUUGUUAGGUGAUUUAAAUAUUAAUUCAACUAUUCAACGAACAAAAAGUGCAUCAUCAGGUUUAACUGUUGGCAAUAAUGAAUGUGACGAGCGUGCACGUAAAUCUGCUGAUAAUGAUCAAAAGCAAAGACGUUUACACUUCUAUCCUAAUCGACCUUUACACAGGGUUAUAUCCCGUCUAAGUCGUGCGCCACAUGCAGAGUCAUUAGCAUUACAAUUUCUACAACUUCAACCAUCCAAGCGAAUUAGUGCACGAGCUGCUAUGCGUAGUGCAUAUUUCUCUAAUCAUUUACCUAUUGCUCAACUUGCUUGUCUUCCAGAUACUUUAUCCAUUUUCGUUAUUCCGAAUAUUCGUUUAGUACCAGAAUCAAAUUCUCAAUCUAGCCCGCCGAAAGAUCUUUCAAGUAAUUACCAUCGACGUCAUGAAAGUGAUCAAGCUACUAGUAAUAAUGAUGAUACUAAUAAUAAUAGCAACAGUUCAAUUCAACAUCAACAGGGUGAAGAUCGUCCAGAAAUUGAUGGAUUUCAUGUUAAGGAAAGAAAUAAUGGUGUUCAUUUACAGCCUCAUAAUCAUCUUCACCGUCAAGAUUUUCCGCAGUUUGAAAAACAAUCAAUUGUUGGCAAAUGUUUACAAUUGUCAUCAUAUACAAUAUCUGGUGGUAAGAGUACAUCAAAGGAAUCACAGAUUAUAUUGUCUAAAUCUAAUAAAAACAAGUAUAGUAAUCUAAAUUCUAAUUGCAAGGGAAAUGAAAAUUUAAACAGUGGAUCGGAAACAGAUAAGAGUAUUUUAGUGAACGAGAAUCGAACUCCUCAACACUUGUAUGUUUCUCGAGCCUAUGAAUCAGCUGAUGCUGUUCUAAAUGCCAUUCCUCUUGACAAAUCGAAUGGUAUUAUGUCCAAAUUAUCUCAUGAAGAAUGUGAGCCAGUUAAAGUGUUUCCGGCUUGUUUUGAUUUGCCUAAAAAAGGUGAUCAACUAACCCCUAAAAUACCACCUUCAUCUCGCAUUGCAGUGGGUGGUAAUCUUAUAUCUCCUAAUUCAAUCUCUUCUUCAAUUUGUGACUCUUCUGCACAUGUUUCAACUACUCACUCAAGUCAACCGUCCGAAUUUCUUUCCCCUACCAAUCAUUCAGCAUAUCAUACCUUACCGGGUUCAACAUCUCAGAUUUUUCCUACAUUGGAACAAUGUACAAAACUCACUCUAUUAUUCCAACUGCCAACACUCGAUGAGCGUAGAACUGCCGCUGCAGCGGCGGCAGUCGCGGCUGCUGCAGCUGCGGCCGCUGCAGUUACCCUAUAUCCUGCAGUUGCACCACAUUCAGAUUCAUAUAUACCAAGUGAUCUAGUUUCCUCUAUGUGCUCACAUGAUCAAAUUCAUCAGGAAGUAGGUAUCGUAACAAGCGCAGUAGAUCUUGCUUCAUUGAAUCUUAGCAAGUGUAGUGAUGUUCCAACUGUAGAAUCUUUUGAAAAGGAACCUCAUACUAGUCUAUCAGAAGAUAGAUCAAUUAAGAGUUUGCAUGAUCGAAACAGUCGUUGUAAUGUUUCAGUGCCUGAAUCAUCUGAUAACCGGUUCUCCAAUAAAUUACCUUCAAAUUUCAACAGUUAUUAUGUCCCAUGUGGUGUACCGAUGAACUGUUCUAAUCCUAUGUACAUUUGCCCCUGUUUCGCACAUACUAACUAUGUUGGUUCGUCUAAUUCAUCUUUACCAAUGGUCCACAACCCUCCAUCAUUUUUUGAUCCAAAAGCAUUUCCUUAUAUGUUUCAUGUGCCUCGAAAUAAUUUUAUGUAUUGUGAAAGAGAAAGGUCACACAGCGCCUCAACAAGAGCUCCUCCAUAUAUUGGCCAAUCAGAUCACGGAAGUCACUUAGCAAACACAUCCCUAAGCCAUUCAUUUUCACCUUGCUCACAACUGCAUCCACCAAACGAGGACACUCUCAAUACUACUGAGUCUUUCAGUACAGCAGAAUCGUCUGUUGGUCGUGAUAUAAUAAACAGUACCUCAACUGGUUAUACCAACCCUUCAUCGUCCAUUCCCGAAUCGUCUCAAAUAGUUGUUCCACCUACUCAUAAAGAACCCACUAGUUAUCCAUUGAGUUCAUCCCAACUACAUUUAUCGAAUUCUAGUGCAGACCAACAAAUUUAUAAAACAUGGCAAAAUGCAUCGUAUUUAACACCACAUCAAGUUGGUUUACCUGAUCUGUCUCAGCCCUACUUGGUCAGACCAAAUUUUCUCCCAUCUGUGCCAAAUUAUUUUAUGCACAAUCUUGCUAGUCCUUUACAUUUCUGUCCGGAAAAUAAUGUUUGCACUCAUCAAAGCGGUCAUAUCCACGGUGUAGGCAAUAUUCCAACAGAUGUUCAAAAACGUAGCAUACGUACUGAUCAUGAUUGUAGUGCUACGUCUACUAAUACUGGAAUAACAGUAUCAGAUCACAGUAAUGGAAUGAAUUGGAGUAAUUUGAAUGAAACAUCAACAAAUCCUUUAAUAUGUAGUCCUUCAUCAUUUCUUGCUUUUUCCUGCAAUCACAAUGUAACAUAUGAGCCAGUAACAGAAGAGAAAAAUCUAUCAGAUGAAGUGAAUCAUUGUCAUUUUGGACAUUUAACUCCUUGGUUAAAUAAUCAGUAUUAUUCAUUAAACGGUGAUAACAACAAAACAAUUGUUGGUCAUCCACGAUCUAAUCUAUUGUCUAAUGAUAAUUAUUAUUAUGAACAAGAACAAAUACAACAUUAUUUAAAUUUCUAUGAACAAAAACAUAAGAAUUCCGAUUUACGUGUUGUUAAUCGUAGUGUUAGUUUUACAUCACCGGAGACUAUGCGGUUAGAUCAUAUACCAUUAGGUGGACCGCCACAACGUAGUUUAUGUAUGAUGAAUAAUCAUAAUAAUGGCAAUUGUUUGUCAAAUGUAUCACAAUAUCGUUUACCUCGAUCUUACGCCUAUUAUCCAGCUAGUCAUUAUUCUUCAUUGGCAGCUGCUGCAGCGAUUCAAAAUCCGAUACGAUUCGGUAUGCCCUAUACCAAUAAUAAUCUUCAUCAACAUCAUCAUGAUCAUUCAUUACAAGAUACUUCUAUCGGAAAAUCUUCAGAUUCUUGUGGUCUAGACGACACACCGCAACAGCAACAACCUCGUUUUUUUCACUCAUCUUCAUUUGAUUUGAAUAGUCAAGGUAAUAAUAAUAAUAGUAAUGGUGACAAUAGCAUUAGUAUUAGUAGUAACAAUAAUAGUACUAGCUUGUUAGACACUUAUGAUCAACGAACACAAACAAAUGUUUAA